GGAUGCCAAAGGUUCCAGAAAACUCAAAGGUCUUUGGCUAAAACCCCCUGUAUGCUCCAAGAAUAACUUUGCCAAUAGGACUAGAAAUAUUCAAAGUCCAAUGGGUGAUACAUCCUCUACCCUAGACAGUACUUGGAUGCGCACUUUCCAUGUUUUCCAAGGGCAAGAAGGCAAUGAUGAAGCUCAGGAACUCCAUGGACAAUUCACAGGGAAUGAAACAGUAUCAACCUCUGAACAUUAACAGUUACAUGAUGCCUGUUCCUCCUCCACCUCCUUCCCCGAAUGGAAAAAUCACAAGGGAAAAUAGAUCUGAAACAUGGAGAAGGAGAAGAUUCCGGCCAACCACUGUUCCAAAUGGCUUAGAACCAGUCCUUACCAGGGAUUCAAGAAGGAUUAAUAAAACACCACUGCAUAGUAAUGCAGUCAUUACAAUGAUCUAUUUGGGGAAGACUGCGCACCUAUGUUAUGAUUACCCAGACUUCCGAGAUGAAAUAAAAGUUUAUCAACAGCACUGUGGUGGAGAAAACCUUUGUGUCUACAGAGGCAAACUACUUGAAAAAGAGACCUUUCAGUUUAUUUCCAAAAGGCACCAUGGUUUCCCCUUCAGUCUCACCUUUUUCCUGAACGGGAUGCAGGUGAACAGGUUGAGCUCCUGCUGUGAAUAUAAGCAUCGGAAAGGUUCCAGACUUGGAGGCAAAGGAAGCUACUUUGGGUUUGUGUGUGUGGAGAGAUCAUCGCCUUGCUACAAGUGCAUUAUUGCAAUGGGCCUUGACAAAAAACCAACUUCGCCAAAACCUAGGAAACAAAAAAGUCUUGAGAAAAGAGAGGAACCAAAGGGCGAGGGGAAACUGAGGAAGGAUAGAGCAUACAUCGUCCCAAGAAGGAAUGAGAUGGAGGGGAGCAAAACCUCUUCUUCAGUCUUUUUUUCAGCCGACGAAGAAAAAACCGGGGUUGAAGAUGUAAGAACUGCUGUAGAAGAAAUGGAACGUAAAGGAAAACAACAUGUUUGGGAAGAUGACCAGGAAAAUAUUUUUAAAUACGAAUAUGAAGAAGAUUUUGAAGUAGACGAGGAGAAACAAGAUGAGAAAGCUAAUAAAGAAGGACAGGCUGAUGAUCAAAUGAAUGAAAUGUUAAAGUCACCAUCAGACGAUGAAAAAGAUAAUUUAGACCCUGAAAAAGACAGUGAAACCUCAUCACAGGAGGCACCAGAUGCUGAUGACAGUGUGAAAGAUGAGAGUGAUGGAUGCUCUGAUAGUGAAUUGGAAGAAGAUAAACAAGAUAUAAAAACUGCAUCAUCCUCCUCAUGCAGAAGUCACCCCUACUCUAGCUGCAGUGAAGACGAAUCUGUACUGGAAGACAGGGAAACGCACGCUGAAGAUAGUGCAGACGAAAGUGUCAGAAGUUCAUCUUCUCAGGAGUUGAGUGAAAAUGAUGAGCCAGGAAAAUCACACCUUCCCAUUGAGGAUUCCUUAGAAACUGAAGAUCAAAAAAUCAUAAAAGCAGAUUUGGGGAUCAAGUCUCUGCCAAGAGAGGAAAGCUUGGAGAAUGUUCUUGAAGAAGAAACAGAGAAUGGAACCCAAGUAAUUGCAGAGGGCUUAUCUGAGAAGUCCCAGGAACAUGUUUCCAAGGAAGAAAAGGAAAAUUACAGGAAUAAGCUUUGUAAAGGAAGCACUGCUAAGGGGAAGGACAAAAAGGCAGGUCUCUGUAGGGUGGAGAAAGGUGUUGGACAGAUGUUAGGUGGAGCUGUGGAACCUGGCUGCCACUACCCCUAUGAUGCUGAGUGUGGUGUUAACAGCGCAGAUGAGGAGGAGAAGCUCUUGACCAAGCUGGAGAUUGACACAGGUGCAGUACCGAACAGGAGUUUAAUGAUGGAAGAAAGCACAGCCCUCACCUCAAACAAGGAAUCCAAGCCAGUUGCAUCAGAAAUGUACACACUGGAGAAAGAAGAAGCAGUGGAAGAAGAUGAGGUUCCCCAACACAGAAAUGCUGACACACUAGAAGAAAAAGGGGGCGUAACACUGGGGAAUAAAUCAGGGAUUAAUGAGGUUCUCUUGGGGGAGUGGAAGCCAACAGCAGAGCAGCCAGCUCCAGUAGCACUGUUUACUGGGGAAAGGGAGAUGCGUCAGGGCCUAGCAAGCGGGGCAGAGGCAGAAGGGGCUAGAGAGCUGGAUGAAGAGGGGUUAAACCAAAUGGGAAAAGAAGCAGCAAGAGCCUCUGGAAGUCUGAAUGAAGAAGAGGCUCCUGAACAGCAGGCCUUGAUGCAGACAGUGCUGGAGACAGAGAAGGCAGCUUCUGAAGAGGAGCAGAGUUCAGAGAAGGCAGUGUUUGCCAGCAAGGCUGCAGCAGCUCAGAUCUCAGAAUGUGUUCAGGAGGUAGCAGCCCUUCCGGCUGUGACGCCAGAGAAGGGAGAGACUGAGAGAGGGGUGGCUGUGAGUGAGGCAGGCUCUGAAAAGCCAGACAUGGAGGACAGUGAAGAGGAAGCAUCCAUAGACCUAGGGGACAUGGCACCUGAGGAUGACACUGCAUUCAAGAGAGAGGAUGGUUCAGAAGAGGCAAUAUUUGGGGGCGAGGAACCAGCCAAAGUGAGGAAGACAGUUAGGAGAACCGAAACACCUUUGAGUUUCUCCACUUCUGAGAAGGCCGAAACCACCAGAAUGAGGAUUUUGGAGGAAAGCUUGGAAGAACUUCGUAAGAAAGCUGAGAAAAGGAAGGAUGUUGAGACUGAGGUAGAAUCUAAUAAGAAAGAUGAUAGGAAAGAAAGAUUACCGGAGGAAUUAGAUGCAGCAAGACAGAGGAGGAAAGCUGAGAGGCCAAGAACACCUCUGGGUGAAACUGGAUCUGAAAGAGAAGAGGUUACAAGGGCAAAUGCUCUUCAGGAUGAAGAUAUUUUAGCAGAAGAGCAAAAGUUUAAAGGGGAAGAGGGGGGAAUUGUGAAGGAAGUAAGACCCGUGGAAGAGACACCGGGAUCCCCAGAUGAAACGGAGUGUGAUGUUGAGAAUGCAGCACCCGUGGAGGGUCCUGAAUGGACUGAAGACACAGGCCCACAAGGGGGUGAUUCACUGAGAGAGAGGGAGGUGACCAUGCUUGAAGCAGCACCUGGAUUUGAAAAGUCACUGGAAAAUACAGUAGGUGGGAGGAAAGAGGGAGGAGGGGAAAGACUAAGAAAAGCUGGAGACACAGGGCAUAAAGACAGAGCAGAGCUGCUCUGCAGGGAGAACGGUGAGAAGGCAGCUCCGUCAGAUCAGGAUGAGGGGCCAGGCCCUGAGGGAGAGGGUGUGUUAGGAGCUCCUGAAAGUGACCCAGCAGGACAUGCCCAGGAGCACGCAGCCGAAGAUCAAGAUGGCCUUGCAGGACUGGAAAGAAGGGAAAAGGAAGGGUCUUUACAAGGGCGACAAGGAGUGGGGGCCACAGCGAUGACCCAAGAAGAUACUUUUGAAGGAGGGUCCAUGAUGGUAGAAAAGUUAAGUGAGGAAGUGAUGGAUGAGGGCCCAGAGGAAGAGGUGGAUCAAGAGUGCUCUCCGGGUACAGAAGCGAUGAAGAAUGGGCACAAAGAGGGGGUUGGGAGCUUACAAGGAAGAAUGAUUGUGGCUAAAGAAGAUCUCCAGGAAGGAGGAGUGGCAGGAAUGGCUGACGAGAAGAGAGAGGUGUUGGCAGAUUUGAAGACAGCUGAGGGCAAAACAGAAACAAAUACAGCCUCCUCCUUUUCAGAUGUUGCUAAUGAGAAAACUUGGCACAAAGUGGAUGAGCUACUAGAAAAAACAGCAUCUGUAGAGAAGGUGGUGGCAGAGGAAAUAGUGCUGAACAGGGAGCAGGUGCCAGCAAUGGAGGAGGUGCCAGCAGUGGAGGAGGUGACAGUGAUUGGGGCAUCAGAGGCUGAGGUGGGGGCUCUAAGAGAAUCUUCAGACCUGGAAGAGAAGGCCCCUCAGCUAGGGCCAGAUCAAAAGGGAAGGGGAGCAGAGAUGGGGAGACAUGGACAUGGUGGGAGGCAGGAGUCAGGCAAGGCUGAAGAUGUCAGACUGGGAUUAUCCCAACAGACAGAGUCAGAGCUGAGUAGAGAGAGUCUACAGGAUGUGGAAAUACUCCCUGGAAAAGCCAAUUGCCCUGGAAUCCAAGAGAAACAAGAGCACACAGUGCAGAGAGAAAGUGAGAACACAGAUGUUUCCCUGAACAGCAAGAAGGCCUAAGAGACUGCAUGGCAGAUGAUAUUUUAAAGAUGUCUUCUGGAAGACUUCAAGAAUGGAGAAAGAUUCACCCAAGCAUCUUGCCAGGACUUUUGAUUUUAUCUUUAUUAAGUAAACUGAUUGUGCUUAUCUGA